UCAUUUGACGAUAAGGAGUGAAAGUCGACCCGCGCGAUCCAGCAGCACCACCACGACACCAGCGAUGUUAUUAGGCAACAGGUUUGCUCAUCGUAAACUAUGAUCGAGCAUGAUUUAGCAGGCACAACGCCAUUAUGGUCGACGGAAUCUACGGCUGUCUUGCUCGCCGAGCUGGCACGACGACAGGAGGAGGGAGAACGGCCGGCUUGUGGUUCUGCGCAAGGGGGGGAUUAUAGUACACCAGCUCACGUUGGAGCCUUGGUUCUCAUCCUCGUCCUGAGUAUUGCUGGCUGUGGCUUCCCCCUCAUCUCCCAACGUGCGAACAAACAUAAAGGGCCAAACGACCUCGUCUUCUACUCACAACACUUCGGCACAGGAGUGCUGAUUGCAACCGCCUUCGUGCAUCUCCUCCCCACCGCAUUCGUCUCCCUCACCAACCCCUGUCUCCCAUGGUUCUUCAACCAGGGAUACCGGCCACUGGCCGGCGUAAUAGCCAUGAUAUCCGCCCUCAUCGUCGUCGGGCUCGAGAUGUUCCUCCGCACGCGAGGCGUCGCGCACACCCAUUCCCACCUCGAAACGUGGGAACCCGAGACUACCGCCAUCCCCGAACAGGGCCAGGCGGACCAGGAUCGCGAGUAUGAGGAAUCGACCGUUGGACUGAUGGGCGCGAGGUCGUGGAAUGGUGAGCCGAGCCCAAAGGAAAAUGGAAACAAGACGACAUCGGACUACCGCGGAGAUGCGGAGGACUCGGAUCUCGAUUUGGAUGAAUUGGACCCCGCGACGGGGACAAAUGGUGGUACCGGCUCGCGGCCGCAUGCUCAAACUCUUAGCCCGGAGGAAUUACAGAAGAAACUCAUGGUUCAGUGUAUGCUCCUCGAAGCCGGGAUCAUCUUCCACUCCGUCUUCAUCGGCAUGGCCGUAUCCGUCGCGACCGGGCCCCCAUUCGUCGUUUUCCUCAUCGCCAUCUCCUUCCACCAGACGUUUGAGGGCAUGGCAUUAGGCUCCCGUAUAGCGGCCAUUAAAUUCCCCAAGGGCUCCUUCAAGCCCUGGCUUAUGGUUCUUGCCUACGGCGUUACGACGCCUAUCGGACAGGCUAUCGGUCUGGCCGUUCACACGCUUUAUGACCCGAAGAGCCAGGCUGGGCUCCUCAUGGUGGGGGUGAUGAAUGCGAUUAGCAGCGGCUUGCUGUUGUUCGCGGGGCUGGUGCAGUUGCUUGCGGAGGACUUCCUCAGUGAGGGGAGUUAUGGUGUACUACAAGGGAAGAAGAGGGUUCAGGCUUUUACGGCGGUGAUUUUGGGAGCUACGUUGAUGGCAAUGGUAGGUGCGUUUGCGUGAUUAUGUAUCCGCUUGUAUAGACAGCGUGGGAUUUUUGUAUGCAUAUUUGGAAUAGUAAAAGGGGCAUGUAAGAAGAUUCGUUUUUGGGUAAUGGCAUAUUUUGUUAAUAUCUGCACCAAGUUUUGCAAUGGAAACCAACUUGAAUAGAUCUGGC